AUGCGUUUUCAUUGUAUGACCGCAUUUUCAUAAGGUGAUUGCAACGUGCUCAGUCCAUAGAACCAUGGCUUCUGAGGAACCCAAGGCAAAGAAACUUAAACUUUCAGAGGAGGAGAAGACAGAGUCUCCGACUAAAAAGACCACUGCCAAAUUAAGCCCUAAUUCACUCUUUGGGAUGGGAAACCCCUUAUUGGAUAUCUCAGCUGUUGUGGAUAAAGACUUCUUGGACAAGUACACCCUGAAGCCCAACGAUCAAAUCCUGGCUGAGGACAAACACAAAGCACUAUUUGAUGAGCUUGUGAAGAAGUUUAAAGUUGAAUACCAUGCUGGAGGAGCCACCCAGAACUCUAUUAAGAUUGCUCAGUGGAUGAUCCAAGAGCCCCAUAAUGUGGGUACGUUCUUCGGCUGCAUUGGUAAAGACAAGUUCGGGGAGAUCCUGAAGCAGAAGGCUGAGGAGGCCCACAUCGAUGCCCACUACUAUGAGCAAGAUGAAGAGCCCACAGGGUCAUGUGCCGCUUGCAUCACUGGAGAUAACAGGUCUCUGGUAGCUAACCUUGCUGCUGCUAACUGUUAUAAGAAAGAUAAGCAUCUAGACCUGGAGGAAAACUGGGAACUGGUGGAAAAAGCCAAAGUGUACUAUAUUGCUGGUUUCUUCCUGACCGUCUCGUUGGAGUCUAUCCUUAAAGUGGCAAAGCAUGCUUCUGAAAAUAACAAGUUAUUUUGCCUGAAUCUCUCUGCACCCUUUAUCUGCCAGUUCUUCAAGGACAACCUCAUGCAGGUUAUGCCUUAUGUGGAUGUGCUGUUUGGCAACGAGACAGAGGCUGCUACUUUUGCAAAAGAGCACGACUUUGAGACCAAGGAUGUUAAGGAGAUUGCCAAGAAAGCCCAGGCUCUCCCCAAAGUCAAUAAAAAGAGGCAGAGGAUUGUAGUGUUGACCCAGGGGAAGGAUGAAACUAUCAUGGCUCUAAGUGACAAGAUUGAAACAUUCCCUAUACUGAAGAUUGAUCCCAAGGACAUUGUGGACACAAACGGUGCAGGCGAUGCCUUUGUGGGAGGCUUCCUCUCAGGGCUUGUUCAGGAGAAAUCUCUGGAUCAGUGUGUAAGGGCAGGACACUACUCUGCCAACGUCAUCAUUAGAAGAGCAGGCUGCACCUUCCCAGAAAAACCAGACUUCAAGUGAGGACCCCCCAAAGAACUUUUCCUUCAGCCUGAAACCUCCCACUGCCUCCACAACACUGGUCUCGCUCUCUUUGUGUUUUUUUUUUUUUUAAAUAAUAUGGCCAUAACUUCAUGCCACUUUUUUUUUUUGUUUUUGUUUUGUUCUUAAUGUAUCUACAUAUUUUUUCUUAUGAGGUUUGUCUGUCUUCAUAUUCUCCAGAAGGGGUCACAAGAGGAUCAUACAGCCAGAAGCCAUGAGCGUUUUUUGUUUAUUAAUUAGCCAUUAAUUAAUCAUAACAGCAGGGAAAUGCCACAGUUUUGCUUUCCAGAAGGGAUCUAAAUAUAAAAUUCUUUUUUUUUUAUUUUUGUUUAGAAUAGUUUCUAAAUGUGUUUUGACUCUGAGACCUCUAGCGUUUAGCUGCACUGAGGUCCAUCAGAUUCUCCUGCAAUCACUUGUGUUGAAGUCUCAUGAGUCUGGUGUUCCUCUGAGUCAGAAUCCAGCCUCAAGACUUGACUGAAGAAUAAGACAAAGCUGUUAAUGGAGGUUUUAUUUUAUAGCACUGAAAGUGCUGCGGUGAUUUGCUAUUAAAUGAGUUUAGUUUUUAGAUUUAAUAGGCCAGUUUUGAAACCAAAUACUGUUUUUUUUUUUUGUUGUUUUUGUUUGUUUUAAUUGCACCUUUUAAAGGUGUCAAAGCAUCUGCCCAGUAUGUCCUGUUUGAACAGUUAAAUGUUCACAAUGUCAGUGAUGGUCAAAAGGUAUCUUGUUUAGUCCAGGCUGUUUGUAGGGAACUGCAUCAAGUGCUUAGUGCCUUUCUCUCUGUGUAAACAUUACAUGUUUGACCACAUGGGGGGGCAGAGGCUCAUAGGUAUUGUGUGAACAUGCAUUUGUCUGCAGAGAAACCUGCAUGCUAGAUCAGUGAUACGUAAUGGUGGCUCAGGGGGGUGUAAAUUACAUCAUAAAGGUAGCUGGCAUUUUUGAAAGAUUAUUACAUGUUAAAGUUCUUUGUCAGUGGGCAUUAAAAUGGACAUUGUUUCUGUUAAAUUUUCCCUGAAUUAGUGAUGUGUGUCCGUUUUUGAUUAAUAAAUAUAAAUUAAGUAGGAAAUGUGUUUGUACCAAAUCAGGUUUUAUAAUUUUUUUGUAGGGUAAGACAUCUGCUAUAAUGAAAGAUGCAAAGGAAAUUGGAAGGGGGAAAAACACUACCCAACUUUAAUUAUGGGGCCAAACAUCUUAAACUAUUUGUAUUUUAUGUAUUUCAUGUUUUGAUCUGUGAAACUGAAUACUUGAAUAUGAUAACCUUGAUUAUAGACAUACUCUAAUUUUUAGAAAGUACGUGCAGUGUUUAAAUUGUGCAUGUCGUUUUCUAAAAGUUGCCUGCUCAUACACAUCCACUGAAAUAACCUAAUGUGUCUCUCAACUCGAUAGGCUUUUUCUUUACAAGUUCAGAUACACCAAAAAAGCCUUAUGUGACCUUUAUUCCUGGUCUUAAUGAUACACAAAUUGUUUAUCACUGUGGGAGACUGUUAUGCCUGAAACUGACAAAUAAAACUGAUUUUGCUGCUU